GUUGUGUGGAGGAGUAGUGGUGAGAGAGUGGAGAGGAAGGGAAUCCUUUGGCAGGUUGAAGUGAGCAGAGAGAGCGUGGUCAUUUCGUCAUCCUCCUGCAUUUCCUUGAUUUAGAUUUCAAUUCCCGAUGCCUGAGAAAUGUUUAAGUUGCUGAGGGUGUCUGUUUCGGUUGGUGAGAGAGUUAGGGAGGGAGAGAAUAAUAUUUGGAGUACCACCCUUUUGUUGUACCCAAAAAAUCAAACUCUCUGUGUAGCUCCACUGAUCUCUUCUUCGCUUUACUUAAGUUUUAAUCUUUUUAAGUCUUUCCUCUAUCAACGAAAUGGAUCCGCUUUUUGCGCUCUUCAGGAUUUUUUACUUCUCUCUGCAACUUUUUCUUUUUCAGCUCUCAACUUAGAUUCUCAGUCAGGUUUUUUGAAGCUUAUCUGAGAUUUCCUACUGUCUUGUCCUCUUUCUUCUACUAAGAUCUUCUUCUUUUUCCUCUUCUUUUAAAGCCUUUUUUUCCUGCUACUCUCUUUUCCUUUUCUUCUCUUGUCUUACUUGUCUUAAAAGAGUGAGAGUAAAGCAAAUCGUCAGGAUUCAGGAAGCAAGCAAGCAAGCAAUGGGUAGAGAGUGGUCCUGGGGUAGUCGAACCACAACCACUAGAAGAACAGAGAAGGAGACUACUUCAGGUUGCAUGAGUGGUGUACUUCAUCUCUUUGAUUUCCAUCAAUUUCAGUUUCCUUUACACCAACCUUGCUUCAAGACCCCUAACUCAUUUCUUCAAGAAGACCCCACAAUCCUCAAAGGUGCAGAAGCUCCAAGGAAUAGCUUGGAAUCAGAGGAGGGUCUCUGCAUGAGAACUGUGCCAUUGUCUUCGAUCAUGAAAGAAGGCAACUUGAAUCUUCCAGUAAGAGAAAUUGUUGAUAAUGCAAGAAGAAGAAGAAGAAGAGAGACAAAAGAACAAAUGGAAGAAAAAUUCUCUUUAGAGACCAGCAUUAAUUCUCCUGCAACUACUAAGACCCCAAAUCUAGUGGCUCGUCUCAUGGGUCUCGAUCUCUUGCCUGAUAGUUUCUCUCCUUCUUUCUCCUGUUCAUCCUCCACAACCUCCUCUUCAGUUCAUAUCAGUACUACACGCUUAGAGAAAAUUGCUUGUGCAGCAGUGAAGAGAGAUCUUCGAUCACGACGAACUCACCACUGCAGAAGCAGCAGUAACAUCAAUUUCAAGGAGAGUGAAGUGAGGUACGAAGUGAUCACGGGAAGUCGUUCUUUGCCAGAUACUCCAAGGAUAUCUACGGCUAGAAGAUCAGCAGAUGCAGAUCCCAGGCUAUCUCUUCAGAUCAACAAAGAAAAUCUAAUGAAUCUACCAGAAGAAAUUACCUCCAGAAACUCAUUUUCUUACUCGCCUUAUUCUACUAAGUCGAGAAAGAAAGAGUGGAGGAAUGGAGAUGAGAACAGAAGCCCAAGUCACUAUGCUCGGCAAAUCGUCAAACAGGUUAAAGACAGUGUUGGAAGAAGAAAAAUGGGUCAGGACAUUACAAACACCACCAGAAAUGGAGCGAACGAAGGUGAUAGUCCUACGAUCAAAUGCCAGAAAACAAGGCGUGUUAGUGUUACGAAGAUGGGAGAUGAAUCGAUCCCAAGCAAACAGUCGACCCCAUCAUGCUCUCCACGGCUAAGGUUUUUGGAGCCCAAGCAUAAACCAGUCACGACGACCUCAACAAGCAAUGAUCAAAGCUCACACAGCCCAAGACCUUCAUCGAAACCUCUCCAAAUCUCGCCAUCCCAACCAACACCAUCACCACCUAAACCAUCACAAGCAUUUGUAGAUAACCAACCACAGCCAAAAGCUCCAAGGAAACCAAAGAAGGGGAGCAGCAGCGAACGUUUCACUCAACGUCUUACAAAGUCUCCGAAAAUUUCAGAAACAGUUCGUAACAAGAGAGAAGACGCAUUUGUUCGGGCAUCUCCAGCAACACAAGCUAAUCUCUCAAACAAGAAAUGCAAGAAAACUCCAUUAUCAAACGACCUUGUUAACAUCACCGUUCCCUCCGUCGUUCUACUCAAGAAAGAACAGCAAGAACCGGUAGCCCAAGGAUCAAAACGGAGUUCACAGUUACCUAGUUGUUUGAGCCGGAACAAGAAACAAGAAGGGACGAAGGCGCUCGCCCACCAAGACGACAACAAGGGCAACAACAAUAACAGUAGCAGCAGGAACGGUGGUGGUAGUGGUGCGGAAUUCCGGUACGUAAAGGGAAUACUAAGAAGUACGGGGAUUUUCAGGGAUUCGUUUAUUUCUAUAACGAGAUGGUAUUCGCCGUGCCACCCUCUCAACCCAAUAAUCUUCCACCACCUCGAACAUUCCUUCCAUUCCUCCAAAUUUGAGGAAGAAGAAGAUGAAAACGACGACAAAGGAGAAUUUGAUGAUCUGUGUCUGUUAAGGCAUCGUUGUAACAGAAAGCUGAUGUUCCAAUUGGUGGAUGAGAUUCUGGUGGACGAGCUGAGACCAUAUCUGAACAUGAAACCAUGGCUCCGUUGCAUCGAUCAUGGUGGGUUUUCUCCGAAGGACACCCAAACGACGAGUUUGCAGCUUUUGGAACGCCUUUGGUCUCGCAUUCAGAGCUUCCCUGCCGCCAACUGCCAAAUCCUACAAGAUAUCGAUGCCCUAGUCGAGAAGGAUCUGCCGGACAAUAACAUGCGCACGCUGCACCUUUACUCUGAAGAAGGUGAAUCGAUAGUCUUUGAGAUCGAGCGUCUCAUUCUCGAUUCACUCCUCCAUGAGACCGCUGCCGUCUUCGUCCAGUAGAGGAUCGGGCCCA